GCCCAUUCGCUUGUAGUCCAUUGGUUCCCAUGUUUCCUCUCGCCCUCCUUCCCUUGUUCACCAAAGCAGCCUGAUUUACGGCUGUCGGCUCAUUGUGCCUAUCUGCCUCGAUGCCUAAGCCUGGUGUGAACUCCCCUCUUAUCAAAGGUUAUCAGUUUUAAGCCAGGAGUAAUACCUUACGGGCUAUAAGAUUUACCUCAAACCACCCGUGGUCACCGUCAUGCUCCAUUUUGUCUUCGUAUCUAUUAGCUGUAGCAAAACAUUACUUCACACCUUGUUGUGGCUAUCUUCUCGACAACUAACCUAACGGUUCCAUUUUGUCGUCUCCAUUUCACUUCAAUCUGGAAACAUGGGGAACCCGAAGAAGAGUAAAAAGUAUUAUGCAGUCAUUGAAGGGCAUAUUGACAAACCUACUAUCUUCUCAUCUUGGGCAGAUGCACACCCGCGAGUGACUGGUUGUCCUUCUAAGUAUAGGGGCUUCUACACAAUUCAUGAAGCACGAAUAUAUAUGGAACUAAUGGGAGUGGACUAUAUCGAACAAUUGAUCGACGAUGGAACAGACAAGACGGCGCCCUUGCCUGACCCACGUAACUAUUAUGCCGUCGCUAAUGGUCCCAAGCCUGGUAUUUAUCCAUUCUGGGAUGGACCAGGAGGAGCCAAAGAGGCCGUAGAACAAGUUUCUUUUGCUUGCCACAAAUCGUUCCGAAAAUAUAAAGCAGCACAAGAGUUUAUUGAUCAUUGGAAUAACAGUUAUAUGGACGGAUCGCAGAAGAUUCAAAGUAUGGGACCAACUUUUGAGAGAAGGUCGGAUAACUGUCAAGUAGUUUUCCGAGGGCAGAUGUCUUUAUGCAAAUCAUUAGAAGCCUUAAUCAUUAAAGAGGAGCACGAAUAGAUCUCGAGCUAUGUCAGAAUGAGAAUCUGCUUGUCAUUGUACAUUACAUGAGUUCAAGAACACAUCAUCGUCCCAAAUUGUAUCUAUUAACCUAAAAAUUCUGCUUUAUAAAUUCUUUGAUAUUCCAACUCCCGAUACGAAAUAAUACCUAUAGCUUCAGGGAUUUAGUCUUUAGGGUGCGAGAGUAGAAGAUAAAUAAUGAAGGCAACUAGGUUACAAUCUAAUAUAGAAUGAGUUAAGGGCUGGAGGGAAAGGGUUUAAAAGCCGGACCAAGCCGUGAAUUGCUGCGGUGAGCUUGACCAAUGACG